AUGCGUAGGUACGCACUGUCGCAGGUAUGUAUACGUACACAUCAUUAUCAACAUCACCGUCAUCCAUCCAUCUAUCCAGGCAUCCAUCCAUCCGUCCAUCUGUCCAUCCAUCCGUCCGAGCAGGCCAAGUACCAUGAGCCGGACAAUCGUGUCGCCUUUGGGCUGUCGGAGUCCAGCGCCAAGUCGCAGUUCGUUGAUUGGGGAGACCUAAAGUGGGCUCCAGAAGGCUACAUGGCGCUGAAGGCGGCUGUGGCCAAAAUGUUCGAGUCGGAAGUUGCAAGUCUUUGCAGUACAGAAAAUGGGAGCCGGGACUUGCUAGGUGUGAAGCUUCGACUUGGAUGGGAAAAAUGGGGCCGCAGUGGCCUGAGACACUGUGUGUAUCCUGCUGAGGGCACCUGCUCCUCACACACAGACUAUGGGGUGGUGACCCUGCAGUUGUCCAAUGGACCCGGCUUGGAGGUGUUUGCCCACGGUUCCUGGCAAGUGCUGGAGGAGCCUCCAGAAGGAGGAGCUCUGCUUUUCGCCGGAGACAUGUUGGAGCGGCUGACAAACGGACAGAUCAAGGCGCUUCCGCAUCGGGUGCAUGUUCAGAAAGAAUCCAUGGAAGCGUCUGGCACCUGGCCUUUGACCCCGCAGUCUCACAUCAUUUUCCUCCAGCCGGACUCGGACACUUGGGUGGCACCGCUCAAGCCAUAUUUGCUGAACAAUGGCAAUGACCUGGCUCCGAUCAGGUAUGGCGACUGGCAUCAGAUGAAAGUUCGCUUGGCGUUUGACGGGUCUGGUGCUUUCAUGGAUUGCAAUGUGGUCGACCUCCACCACAUCUUUGCUCCUUCGUCCCAAGGUGGUGACAAUGAAGACAAACCACCCCGUCUGAGCUGCGCAAGGCGAUAA